AUGCUUUUCCAUUAGAAUUUUCCCACGACAUCACAAUGGUACAUACCAAAGACGACCAAGCAUUUAAAGGCGUGGUUUUCCCAUCUGUAUUACUAAAUCCGUCGCAUGUUGUGUUCCCACCACGUCUGACUUAUCUGUUUUCACAAUCCAUCGCCUAUUGUCGACGGAUUUUGGAACUAAACGAUACCAGAAAUGGCAGAAAUGAAGAAGGACCAAAUCCGCUUGGACCCGGGAAACGAUAGCAGCAAUGCAAUUCCAAGGGGGGGAAGAGCCCCCUUGGACGCCAAACUAAUGAAGAGACGCCGGUGUCUAUUUGCAGCAGGGGGGGCUGCGCUUGUCUUGCUCAUGCUGCUCUUCAUAAUUGCCCUGAUUUUAGCCCUGACCGUCUUUAAGUCCAAACCACCCAGGGUCCAACUCCUCUCUGCAGCCGUUGAAGGCGUGGCUCCUCGCAUCUCAUUCCCUGUCAUUCAGGUUGAAUUCAACCUUACCCUUGACAUCAAGUUCCUCGUUGAGAACCGAAACUACGCCAGCUUCAAGCAUGGGCAAGGCAAGAGUCUCCUGUUAUACCAAGGCAACCAGGUGGGAGAGGCUGAUAUCUACGCGGGUCUGAUUCCUGCAAGGGGCACCGCAACACUUCCUUGCCGUCUCACGGUGGAGGUAGACGAGUUAGCAUCCAACUUGACAGGUUUGAUCAAUGAUGUAGUAGGUGGCAAUCUAGUCAUGGAAACGCAGACUAGAAUUCCGGGCAGGAUCAACUUCUUGGGGAUUUUCAAAAGACACGCUGUUGCUGUAUCUGCGUGCCAACUGACCAUCUCUGUUCCAAACAUGAGCAUCAGCAGGCAAACUUGCAAGCAAAAGACUAGGCUUUGAAGGAGUGAAGCGCUUGGGUGGGGAAAAUCUCGUCUCUUCUUUACAGGGAGUGAACGUUGCCCCCAGGAAACAAUUUCAAAGGCCUUGGUACCCAAAUACUGGAAUGCCAAUCAGAUGGUUAACUCUCUGUUGUACCAAAUUUUUGUUAGGUUCGUAUGCUUCGUAUGGAGAUGUAAGUUGUUGUAGUAAUACUCAGUAAACGGUGUGGAUAAUAUUGUCUAAAAUUUAUUCAGGCUGGAUUUACUUUGUAGCAUGGGGGGAGACACAGAGGGAGAGGCUUAUUCUUUCUUGGGUAAAAGAUAGUAGAGAGAAAUGAUUCAAGAUACAAAAUGGUGAAACCGAACAAACGAUGCUUACUAGAAACAGUCAAAUCUAAUCGCACAAGAUGUUAAUUAUUCACUCAAUAACCACGAUAAUCCAGAAGUCCUGCCCAAUUACGGGACAUCCCCCAUCAGAUUUUUCCCCAUUUCCUUCAAGCAGUUUCUUCAAGGUUAGAUUUUCUUACAACUAUGCAAUGGUACUCCCCAAACAUCUUGCUUCACAAAAAUAGGUAAACAUAGAAGCAGCUGAGAUAG